GUUAGAAUUCUCGAGCCGAGCAUGUUCUCGGGUUAUUAAAAAUCAGAAAGUGCCUUUUUGACCUGUUUCGCGAAAAAGUUGGCCAAAACCAAGUCCUUCGUCUUUGAUUAUCUCUAACGGAGUGCUUAGUGCUUUUAUGUGUAGUGUUUUCUCUAUUUAGUUUUCUCAUUUUCAUAAGUUAUGAAACUGAAACGGUACAAGAAAGUGCGAAAACACCUCAAUUUCUAUUGUUCGCACUAUGGAUUUCACGAACCCUAUCAAAUAUUGAUUGAUGGCACCUUUUGUCAUGCUGCACUGACGGACCAUCUGAGUGUCAGGGAGCAAUUACAGCGUUAUAUUGGACCAGAGAUUAAGCUACUGACAACUCCUUGUAUCAUUCAUGAGACUGAAUCGUUAGGAGCGAAAGCCUAUGGAUCCAUGGUCAUCGUAAAACAGUUUGCCAUUCAUCAUUGUGGGCAUGAAAAGCAUCCGAUUUCUGGAGCCCAAUGUUUCUUGUCUAUGAUUGGUGAGAAGAAUACCAACCGGUAUAUUAUUGCAACUCAAGAUAGAGAUCUUCAGUACAAAGCACGGAAAGUUCCUGGUACACCGUUAUUGUACAUAGACCACAAAGCACCCACUCUUGAGCCACCCUCUUUGACUUCUGUCAAAGUCGCAACAAAUGAGUCUCUUUCUCGAGUCAAUGUUGGAAAGUCUGAAGAGAUUCGUUUGAAUAAAUUGAAAAAGAAACUUCUUGGAAAACCUAAAGAUGAGGAACCAAAGUUCAAGAAAAAGAGAAAAGGUCCAGCUACUAGGCCUAAGAAAAAGAAACCACAGCCUGUUGUUCAAGAGAAAGGUCCAGAAAAAACCCAUAAAAAAAAGAGAAGAAGAAUCAAACUUCCAAAGCAUGUGAAAGAGGAGCUUGCCAAACAAAAAGACUCAAGUUGAACUGUGAUUUUAUCAUUUCCUGAUUUAGAGACAGCAACAAAGCAGAUACUAAAAAAGCGCAGAAAUAAUUAAGAUAGCCGUCUGUGGCAAAAUUCAUAUUCCUGAUGACUGGUAACGGAAGGAACUCAUUACAAUUAGGCCAGAUAAGUAAAGUGCCAUGGCCUUUUACCUACAUAGCUGCUGCCAAUUUUAGUUAUACUAAAUAAAAAACGGCUGUCAAACUAUGUUGUGUUGUUGCCAAAGUGGGGAUCGGUGCGCUUCCUUCGUGAUUUCAUAGAAAAAUCCUCAAUGGGCCGCAAUUUUGAGACGCUCAGUUUGAUGUAUUGUUAUCAAUGUCUCAUAAUCAGCUGAUAAUUUGCAGCCUUGCAGGUGAAGUCUCUCAGCACUUAAGUUACGCGGCCGUAAUUUCGUCUUUUUCGCUGCUAUCUUUUAAAGUUUAGCCAAAAUUCUUCCAAGGAUAAGUGACACGAUUCAUUUGCAAAAUUUCAGUAUAAUUGUUGGAAAUGCCUAUGGUAAUGAGUGUUUCUUCUUGAGAGGGGGAAAAGAAAGAAGUUUCCAAUCAUGUCCGUGUAAGUUAAUGGAAUGAAUUUUGAGAUUAUUUUUUAUGAUAUUACUACAUACUCUAUUUCUGUCAUAGAUUUUAAAAAAAAAAAAUUGAAUGGAAAACUGAAGUUUCUUUUCCUCAAAAAAAAAAAAAAAACUCAUGAUUAAAUGCUUUGUAUCAUGAAAAAUUCUCUCAUAGAAAAAGAACAAAUCUUCUAAAGCACAGCAGUCUAAAAAGUGAUACCUUAUCUUGGAUGAGCAUGGCUAGAUAAAAAGAGACAUGUUUCUCGGCGGUAAUAAUUGCACUUUUCUCUCUGAUUUUCUCAUACACAAGACCAUCUACUAUGGAGGUUCAGAAUUUGUGCAAAACUCAAUGAUGACUAUUUUCGGGGUGUGUCACUUUUUUUUCAGGAAGAGAGGAUGGAAUGUUUGCUUUUCAUACUUGCUAUACUCCAAUGCUUCCUGAACAUGGCAGAUUAGGAUUUUAAAUAUAUUUUUCUUGCAACUACAUGCAACUGAAUUCAUUUUCAGGUCAUUUGAUUUUUCAAAUUAAACAUAAUAGAAAUAAAUUAAAUCAAACUCAGGAAGUUGAUUCAGAGUAGGGCUGAAGUUUCUGAGAAAUCAACUGAGUUUUGAGCGCUGAGCUGUGAUAGGAUUUCAAAGUUUAUUUCUGUAAUGUAACUGGCAAUUUGGAUGUUCAAGUAAAGUCUUAAUACAAAACAAAAAGUAAA